AUGGCACGGUCGGUUCCGGCAGGUUCCAGUCAUUUCCCGACCGUUUCCUGCAAACUUCGAGCUGGAAACGAUCAGGAACUGAUCGGAUAUUUCCUUUGCAAUUCCGGCCGGAAUCCGACGGCAAAGAACCUGCCGGAACUUGCUGGAAUCGGCGAAAACUGUGCCGGAAUCGAGAAAAGCUGUACCGGAGCCGACUCAGAUUUCAACGGAUCCAGCCACCGGAAUGAUCGACCUGGGGUGAAGCCAUGGGUGGGGCCUUGGGUGAAACUAUGGGUGGAUGGAUGA